UGUUAUUGAAUGGGAGCAAAGCGUGAAUGCCCUUGCUAAAGAUAAUUUAGAGGCAUGGUUUGUAAGUCAUGUUUGGACCUUUAUCAUUGAUAUGGCAUUAAAAGAUAUUGAGGGAAUGAGAAUUGAAAAGUCAGAUGGUGGUUCAUCUGCAUCAAAAAUUCGAAAAAAUAAGCAAAGAAAAAUCGGAGAAUCUGUUAUUCGU